UUCCUCCUGUCACACGUGGGUUGGAAUCUUUCCUGUGGCGCGGAAUCGAGAAGUUCCCUCAGGUUUUCAACAGAUCAAAUUCCAUCGAAAUGUGGUUUUAUUAUGAAAACCGAUGUUAAUAAACGCGUGUGCGGGACAGAUAUUACAGUUUAAAGUCCGAGUUUAGCUCGUGAGCCGCAGGAUGACGCAGAAACAGCCGUUAGAGGUUCGCUUCGUGUCUGAUGAAGAGGUUUUGGAUCAUAUUGUAGAGAAACAACAAGGUAAAAAACUGGUGACCCUGAAAACCCAGCAGAAAUCCAAAAGAUGUGAUGAUGAUGAUGAUGAUGAUGAUGAAGAGGUGUUGAAUGAGCAGAACUAUGUGGACGCUCUGUGCGCCGGAUCACAAGAUGAGAGUGAAAACGGCUCGGUCACCGCAGGAGCGUCUGUCUUCUCGUUUCAGACCAUCAAACGGGGGAAUAAAAUGGCUCAGAUGGCGUCUGAAUGGGCCCGGACGCCUGGGAAGAGCGUGACCUUCAGCACGUCAGACACAAACGAGGACUCGUCCAGCCCGACACGCGCCGCUAAGAAAUCAGCCGAUCAGAACAAAACCCCUCAGAAGGGAAAGAAGGUGCAGUUCAUCUCAACGACUCCACACCGUCUGCGCAAGAGACUGUCAGCUCCGAACCUGCGCUCAGACAGCGAGAGUGAUUUCUCCCCCUCGAACUCGGAGGAGGAGGAGGAUGAGGAAGAACACGGCGGGAAGAGGGCCGAGCCGACCAAAACACCCAGCAAAAACACUUCAGCCGCUGCCCUUUACAAGACGCCCAGCAAGAAGGGCAGGAGAGCGGCAGAGUCUGAUCUGGUGGAAGAGUAUUUUGAGGCUCACAGCAGCUCUAAGGUUCUCACGUCCGAUCGGACGCUCCAGAAGCUCCAGACGCCCAAGCUGGACCGGGAAACUCUGCUCAGCCUCCUGAGUGAAAACCAGCCGCGCUUCGCAGAGGAAAUCAAGAAGAUGAACGCUAAACACGAGAAGAACUUCAACCAGUGGAUGCUGCAGCUGCACAUGGGUUUUAAUAUCCUGAUCUUUGGUUUGGGCUCCAAGAAGCUCUUGCUGGAGAAGUUCUGCACCUCGAUGCUGUCUGAGUAUGAUCAUGUGGUGGUCAAUGGCUUCUUCCCCAGUAUGACCCUCAAAGCGAUCCUCAGCUCCCUCACCUGCGGCGUGUUCGGACACGAGGGAACUUUCCGUAAUCCUGCAGACCAGAUCGACUUCAUCAUCAAAGCUCUGAGAGAAGACCCAAGCAAUCACGUCUUCCUGCUCAUCAAUAACAUCGACGGGCCCAUGCUGAGGGGCGACAGGACCCAGCAGGCUCUGGGGCAGCUGGCGGCGCUUCCCAACAUGCACCUGCUGGCCUCCAUCGACCACAUCAACGCUCCUCUCAUCUGGGAUCAAGCGAAGAUGAGCAUGUUCAACUGGCUGUGGUACGAAACCACCACCUACCUGCAGUACACCGAGGAGACGUCCUACGAGAACUCCCUGCUGGUGCAGCAGACCGGAGCCCUGGCCCUCAGCUCACUCACACACGUGCUACGGAGCCUCACGCCUAACGCCAGGGGAAUCUUCAGAUUGCUGGCUGAGUUUCAGCUGGAGAACAAGGACAAUCCUGCAUACACAGGACUGUCUUUCCAGGACUUCUACCAGCGCUGUCGUGAGUCGUUCCUGGUGAACAGUGACAUCACGCUCCGGACACAGCUCACCGAGUUCAGAGACCACAAACUCAUCCGCACCAAGAAGGGCGCUGAUGGAGUGGAGUAUCUGCUGAUCCCGGUGGAUAACGGCACUCUGAGCGACUUCUUGGAGAAAAACGACGUGGAGUGAAACCAGGAAAACCUCGCUGCUGUCCACGGAUCAGCGAACGUCUUUCUGAUCAAGAACUUGCCGGCAUCGUAUCAUAACUUGUUUCGUUUUGCAGUUCACGUCCCAUGGAAAGUGAAUGGGUGCCGUCAGAAUGAGAAACAUCACAAUAAUCCACGGCACUCCGGUCCAUCGGUGAACAUCCGGAGGAGACGGAAGAUCAAACUAAUCCAGCGUUGAGAGGUUUUUAACUCAAAUAUGAGUCUGUAAUAAUAAAAGUGUUCUGAUCUGAAUGAGGAGAGAAAUCUGCACGGAUCAAAACACCUCUAAACUAAUAUCUGAAGAGUUAUUAUAGAUUAUAUUUAGUGCUGGAUCUGUCUUCUCCAGAUGUUCACUGAUGGACUGUGGAUUAUAGAGAUGUUUUUAUGAGACUCUCAUUCUGACGGCACCCAUUCGCUUCCAUUGCUGAGACGCUGAUGCAGUGCUACAUUACUUCCAAUCUCGUAGUGAAACAAAUUAAUUUCAGCACAAUGUCAUCCGGUGUCUGCGGCUCCUUCCUGUACAGCGUUCUGUAAAGUUUGUUUAGGAUCGCAAAGUGAACACAAUAAAUAUUCUUAUGCA